AUGCAGGUAUCGGCGUCUCUGGGGGGACUCUUCCAACCUCGAUCUUCCUUUUUGGGGACGGGGGUUUUCCCUGAUUUUCUUCCAAGGGAGGUAGAGAAAAUCAGGGAUCCGCAUGCGCGGGAGUUGGCGAAGAGGAUCCAAAGGCUGCCCGUUCAGGUCAGUGCGAGGGAGAGCUCAUGUGGUAGCUUGCAUUUUGGCGUGGUUUAGUUACAUAUAAUGUCGACUAUUACUCGGCUGUCCGAAAUGCUAGUUUCUGGUAGUGAAAGAUAUGACAUUAGGAAAGGGUGGAAGAUCAUUAACCGAAUAUCACGGGAGGAUCGGAAGAAAUUAUCCACCUUCCGGAAGAGGAGUAGUGAGGUAUUUCCGUUGUAAACGAGGGAUCUGUAAAGUUUUGUGAGAUUGAACUCUUGGGGAGAACAUUAUCCUUGUUGCAUCUUUUUCACUUUAUAAUGUUGAAACAUGAAUUGCUUAAAAUCUCUACGACUUUUGUCGAGAAUCGGCAAAAAUUCUGGAAUGUUAUCUUUCAACUUUUUAAUCUGACACUUGGAGCAAAUUCAGGUUAGCUUCUCGGAAAGCUCUAUUUUGAGCAGUUGCGUCAAACCUCUGCAGCGGAGCGAAUCUAGGCCACUCGUUCUCCUUCAUGGUUUCGACAGGUCUGUUCCCGACAUGUAUAGAAGUGCUAGUCUCUCUCGAUGGCUUCUUUUUUCUGCGAUUGUUCGUUUGUUAUGCUGUGAAAGACGGGAAGAAUCCGGUGGUCAGUGUUUGAUUCUGAGACUAGAUUUUAUGGGAUCGUCUAAUGUCAAAGCAAGAAAAUCAGUUUAAAGGGGAAAAGGGAGAGAGUUGAUAAUGAACGACAUCUUCAGUAUUGAAGAAAAAUAAAAUAUAAGAGAGGAUAACGACUUAGCAAAGUACGCCAGCAAAAUUCAAUUUGAACCUUUCGAGUGUGAUGAAUAUCAUUUAUUUAAUGCGACUGAUGCAGAUGUUAAGUUAAUUCUUAUAAAUAUCCGAUUCGGCGGUUAUGCUGAACUAAUAAACUGUAUCCUCGUCUUUCUCCCUAUAAAGUCCCAGUUCUUCUUUGUCGGAACAGUAUGAAACUGGGAUACCCUCCACCACUUUUUCUUUUUCAGAAGUGGGAUUUGUACCCACGCCCACUUUGAAGGGCCAGUACUUGACUCUGGCAUCUUUUAGUAAGCCAUCCUGGCGGUUAUAAAGUAUAUUGUUCAUAAUUAUUUUGACUGUGGAUAAAUUGUUUAUAAGCAGAUAUGCUGAAUUAUAAGGUGUCUUACUGAAAAAUAUAUUUUAAUUGGUGUUUAUGAUCAAAUCUCUUUGGAACUGAGCUUCUUCACUGUCUUCUACCUGCCUAAGAACAACACAUUUUGGUUAAGGUACUUAUUCUCUAAUGGUGGGGAAAGAUGUGGAAUAUGUGCAAUACCCAAGGUCUUUUUAGCAUUCCAAUGUCUAGAACCACAAUAGGCAACUGACUGAAGUUGGAAUACGCUUGUGCAUACCUGUGUGGUGAGUGAUAAAAAUUUCGCAAACAAUGGUGUUGAAAUGUACAACUGCGAGAGUAGUGUCCUCUGGUCGGGGUUUGAAAUACUCUUGUAUAGGCUGCGAAUUCAGCAUAACUGCAUGUAUUCAUUCUUCAUUCAUUUCGUACCUUUUUGACAUUUCUUCUGUAAUGGUAACAUUGUGGCUAUUUUUUAGUGCUGAGCUUGCGUGUAUCAUUUUCUACAGUUCUUGCCUAGAAUGGCGAUAUGCCUAUCCAUUACUUGAAAGUUCUGGCUUGGAGACAUGGGCUUUGGAUAUCCUUGGAUGGGGAUUUUCUGAUUUAGGUCAGUUGCCUUUUCUUUUCCCUGUAUGCUUCUGAGCUUUGAUAAAAUAAAGGUUGAUAUUUUCUGCUGAUUAGUGUCAUCUCUCACUUCAAUUCUUUUCAUUUUACUUGUGACUGUUUUCAGAACCGCUACCAUCUUCCAGUCUAACCGUAGCUGCUAAGCGUGAACAUUUAUACCAGGUACUGUGAUGUUUAUGUUAGCGUCUUUUUUGGUCAAGUUUUCAAUGUAGUUCUACUUCCAAGUUUUCUCAUGUGCGCAUCCAAAUUACUCUGUAUUGGUGACUGUGUCUUCACAAUUUUCAUCUGCAGUAUUUAUCCUCGUCUUCUUGAGCUAUGUUUCUUUUUUCCUAAGUCUAAGUCUAUCUCCUCUUUGAUGUUAACCUAUUAGACCAUUCUUACUAUGAUCAUGUUAGCACGCUAUCAGUUAGUUGUGCUUAAUACAUAUAUCGUGUUACAGUUCUGGCGAUUGUACAUCAAAAAGCCUAUGAUAUUGGUAGGUCCAAGCCUUGGUGCCGCUGUUGCAAUCGAUUUUGCAGCUCAUUAUCCCGAAGCGGUAUGAUCGUUGCUCUUACAUUGCUUCACUUAUGCUUUUUAUCUUUUCUAUUCAAAAUGAUGAAUGAGAUAUUUGUCGAAUUCAUCCAUCCCAUUAUAUCCUUUUAUUUAAAAAGGCUUGCACAAAAUCUUCAGAUUAUGAAAUGUUAUGCCGCUUUAAAUGGUUCCUGGUAUCCAUCCCUUUAUACAUGUUAAAAUCUAAUAUCUCUCUGUGCAAUUUUCUUUUUCAGGUGUCGAAAUUCAUUUUUAUUGGUGCUAGUGUAUAUGCUGAGGGCACUGGGGAUCUUGCCAAAUUACCCAGAGCCAUUGCUUAUGCUGGGGUGAGAUACUUUUGGCAGCAUGUUCUUGUAUAUGUGUUUCCAAAUGCAAACACGCUGCUUGAUGUUUUUUGGCCUUCCAUGGCUUACCUGAUUUUUUAUUAUCACUUAUGUCGCAUGCAUAUCCGUGCCAUUCGCAUUUCUCAUCAGUUUUUUGUGUUGGUUUUGUAUUGCUUAAUUUUCUUGAUUUAACUUUGUUUUUCUUCAGGCUUCACUGUUGAAGAGCAAACCAUUGCGUUACUAUGCAAAUUACUUGGCAUACAGCGGUCCUCCUACCCUAUCCUUCGUCGACUGGACAAAUGUAAACGUCAUCUCCGGUGUUGCUUCUCCCUAUUACAUUUUCAUACAUAAGUGCAGAGAUGCAUGAUUUUGAAUCUUAUCAUAUGUGCAGGCCAUCUUGACAGUAUAGAGUCGUUUGGGAUUUUCCGGCCUCUUUUAAACCUUCGGUUGCUUACUGGCUGUUCUUCACCUCGUGGUCAUCUCUGCAGAUGACAGUGCUUAUUUCUAUCCAAAGGGCAUGCUGCAAAAGUACCCAGUGCUCACCUUCGCGUGUCAUACGAAAACUAUCUUUUUCCUCUUGUUGUUUCUAGAUCUUUUCUCACUCUAGCCAUGUGUCAGCCUGUGCCAACACUUAAUACUCCGAAUAUGGCUAUACAAGAUACUUUCAUCGACUAGAAAAGAUGAUUCUUACCAUCCAUGCAAUUUCAUAAAUUUUUUUAUUUCAAAACAUUUCUACCUAAUUAGCGUUUUGAUGUUUAUUUUUUAUAGAUGAAUUGCAAUUUUCGCAUUGAUGCAUGUUCAUCAGAAACCUUGCUUUUGUCUGCACAGAUUGGGCGUUUACACUGUCUGCUACCCUGGUGGGAGGACGCGACUGUUGAUUUUAUGACUAGUGGGGGCUACAAAGUUAGUUCCCAGAUUGAGAAGGUAGCGAUGAUAUAAUCUGGACUCGUUCAUUCUGAAAGAUGGGUCGGCAGUUCAUGAACAUCUGCAUCAUAUGCCGAGAUGUGAAAAUCAUGUUCUGAUCUCGAUAUGCUCAGCAUUUUAUACGUGCUCUUGAGAGAGAAAGUCUCAUUAUGCCUCUUAGGCAGUCAUCUUAGACCGGUGGUCUCGUUUUGCAGGUGAAAAAGAAAGCUCUCAUCAUCUGGGGGAAGGAAGACCGGAUCAUCAACACCAACCUAGCACUGGUCAGUUUACUGCGACUUUCUCACCCUCUGUUUUGCCGGAAUUACUCUCACGGGCUUAGAAUAUGCUUGAUGAAAUGGACGCAUGAAAGGAUAUGGGGGCGUCAUUCUGAAAAUAGCUUCUGGAAGCAAACGAUUCGUCCUAGCUUGAUUUCUGAUUUCUAAACUACGUGGAGAAUUCGGGUAAACCUUGAAAGUAAACAAGCUACUUACUAAAAGCCUUUCCAUAUAGGGUAAUAAUAGUAUCCUAAUUCCCCUCUUCAAUGCGUGGUUAAACCUGGGGCUUUAUGGCAAUCUCUGGGGAAGAGAUCCCAUAGAAUGCAGUGUAUUCAUGAUCUGUCUUCUUAGGAUCCUCAUGGAGCUCAUGUGAAUGACCUUGAAUGACUUUGAAUCUACGCAGAGACUCCACCGCGAUCUUCAGGAUUCCAUCUUGCAUCAGAUACCGGACUGUGGCCAUCUUCCUCACGUGGAGAAGCCGGGCAUCACAGCCCAGACGAUCUUAAAAUUCGUUCAGAGCGACCUCUGCUGA